AUGGGUUCAAUAUCAGUUUUUCGUUGUGUUUACUUGGUGUUCUUAUUAGCAUUCAUUUCUGAAGUUGGGUUUGGAAAAAUGGUUUUUAAUGUGAUGAAUGAUGGUGCUAUUGCAGAUGGAAUUACUGAUAACAGUAAGGUUUUUGAAAAUGUAUUUAACAAAGCUUGUCAAUCUGAAGGAAGGAAUCUUAUGUUGAUCCCACGAGGAACAUAUAUGCUGGGGCCUAUAGUGUUGAAAGAACCAUGCAAGGGUCAAGUGGAAAUUCAGAUCAUAGGGACCCUAAAAGCUCUUACAAACAAAGUAUCCACAAUUAAUGUUAACCAUUGGAUCACCUUUCAAUACAUAGACCGGUUGGUACUCAGGGGUGGUGGGAAAUUGGAUGGCCAAGGUGCCUCUGCCUGGGAUGACAAUACUUGCAUUAAAAAUCCAAAUUGCAAAGCUCUUCCCAUUGUAAGUUAUUAUUUCAACAAAUCCAUCUUAAAUUGGGCUAAAAAAUGGAGUAGCCCAUGA